UGAUCAUAUAAUUUUGAAUGAAAAAAAUGUGAUUAUUUAGUCAAUUCAUUAUUGGCGUUGUGUAACUUUAAUGCCACCCACCCCUGGGAAUUAGCUAGGAUUAAGGCGAUUGAUGAAAAACAAACAACCAUUCUCAUUAGUAUUAAUUGUCUUCUGCUGACUCUGCACCUCCUUUAGCCAUCAUCCAUAUGCACAGUUUUGCAUACCACCAAUUGCAGAGAAACUUCAAUCUUUGUUAAUCAUUUGAACUCUGAGAGAUGGAAGAAGCAAUUCCCUACACACGUAGUGAUCAUGUAGAGGAAGAAGACAGCAUAGACAUGGAAGUACUACCCUCAGAUUCCGCCAUUUUCAGCUCUUCCUCUCACCCCGCCAGCAUAGACUUUGAGUUCCAGAUGCUCUCAAUAACCUCUUCUGAAAGGUACACCCCCUCAACUUCUCCAGCAGAUGAACUCUUCUGCAAAGGAAAACUCCUCCCCCUUCACCUCCCGCCCCGUCUACAAAUGCUCCGCAAACUUCUCGAAAACACGAACACCUUUUCUCCUUUCAAUUCUUGCCAUGUUAGCACGGAACCAAUUCGUCCCGACACAGAAGAAGGCAUCAACGAGGAGGCUUCAAAAGGGGGGUCAUUUAGUUCAAAGGUGAAAGCUUCCCGUGCUUAUUUUAAGUCACUGUUUAGCAAAAGUUCAUCUGCUCUAACCGGGAAGAGUUUAGAGAAAGGAGAUAAUGGUUCAGGAUAUGAAGAAAGUGGUCGCAGAAGAAGGUCUUUUUCAGGUGCUUCUAAAAGGUUAUUGUCGCCAACAAAAGUUUCUUCUCAAAGAUUUUCGAUAACCUCAGAUUAUUCAAACGGAUACCCAGAGAAGCCGCUCUUCAGGAGAAGCAGCAGUGGCAGAUAUUCCUGGGAUAGAGAAGAUUCAAUCCAGGAAGCAAUAGAUUAUUGUAAAAGAUCUCAGCAUUGAAGAACAGAUAUAUGACUGCACUGUAGAUAUGCCAGCUAUGCUCCAUAUCAGAAGUUAUUGCUCUUAUAUAUGAAGAAUAAUAAAGACCUGCCAGAACUCUACAAAGUGGGGUGGGGUAUAAAGUAUACUAAUUCUGUUUCUUUUAUGGAGGAGAGAAACGACUCAAGGAAUUGAAACUUCUUAGAUAAAUGGUACUACACAGUUUAAAUUAGAUUAAUACAAUACAAUUAUAGAUAUGAUAUACGGAGUAUAACUCAAUAUACUAGUACAUCAUAAAUUUCACCGUAAAGUAAUAAUCUCAUUAUUACACAUCAAAUUUGAAGCCUAUAUUUACAAUUUGAGAAUAUAAUCAAUAUUACACAUCAAUAUUGAGUUAAGUUUCGACCUUGUGACCUUCUCAUUCAGGGUGUCAUAGUGAUGUCAUCGAACCACAAGUUGUUUGGCAUUACAUAAAAAGGUGUAUUAAUAUGAAAAAAUAUAUUAUAGAUGCAGUUUAUGAAUAUAAAAAGAAGUAUUAUAGAAAAAAAUGUCAUAUGAAUAUUAAAUGCAACGAUACUUAUUUUUUAGAUUAGAUAAAGAAUAAAAAAGUAGAUUCAAUUGUGAUUUAGCUAGGUUGAAGAUAAAGAAAAAUACAAUUACAGUUACUUUUUUAGUAUUUUGAUAUAGAGCGAGAAAAAGAGGGAAGAACGGAAAAAUAUAGAAAGAAAUGAGAAUAUUAUAAGAAAGGGAAAGAAAAGAUGAACAAUUCGACACUGGAGGGAAGAAAACUAGAGAUUGUAAUAUUUGAACAUAAAACCACACCAUUUUAAAAGUGUGAGAAUAUGGUACCAUAUGUCUAUUGAGGGUAUAAUUUGCGCAUGCAUACCAGAUGCAAAAUCAGUGUCCAAGAAUUUGUUUUCAAAUAAUUAAGUGGCCAACCGCCAACCAAAUAUUAACUGCAAAGAUAAGAUGGCAGUUUCCACUACUCGAUCUCAACUUGCCAGUGGAUUAAGGUGCAUCCAAAAAUCCAAUUCAAUUUAAUUAGCUACCUCCCAUAGUCCCAUGCAUGCAGGUGGAGACAGGGGAGGGCGGGAGGCUCGAAGGAGCUCGGCCUUCCAAGAAAAAAUUUGUAAUUAAUUAAAUACAUAUGUAUAAGCAUUUACAGAUUGCUUUAUUUGCAAAGCUUCCUAGCGUAUGAUAGUAUAUGUUCUAUGUCCAGACCAGCAUCAUAUUGUCAGAUCACAAUAUACUUGACUGGCAUAUUUAAAAAGUUAUAGUGAAAUUGUAUGUUUUAGCUCACACAACAUAGGCACAUACCUCCAAUAAUUACUAAUGAAGUAUUGUACGGAGUAAUGAAUUGUACGAAGUGAUACUCUCUACGUCUAUCAUUGGGAACAAAUUAAACAAACAAUGAAAGCAUUCCGGCCGGCCACGUAUUUCUU